AUCACCAGCUACUUCAUAAAAAAUGAAUUUUCAAAAUCAUUUUCAAAAUCAUCAAAACCUUCAUUCUUUUGGUUUUGCUUUGAAUAAUGUUUUACAUAUCAAGCAACCUGUUAAUUUUCCACCUUAUUUAACAUCGAUAGAAUGGCAUUUAACUUUUCACCCGUAUGAUGAUAAUGAUAAAAACGUUUUCGUUUUGAAUUUGCUUGCAAAAUCUGGAAGUAACGAUAGUAACGAAAAUAACGAAAAUAUCUUAUUUUGUUACGAUAUUUCUUCCAUUGUUAUGUAUACAAAAUCUCUUUAUAGUAAUGAAAUUCUUAGAUUUGGCGCAAAAAAUAUUAAAAUCAUUGAAGCUCCAAGAAAAACCUUAGUUGAUAACAUGAUUUUUGGUGUAAAGUUAUAUCCUUUUCACCUUGGUGCAACAAAUAUUGAAAGAUCUAUUCGAUCAAAAAAUGUUCCAAAGAAUUUGAUUUCUGAUUUAAUUAAUGAAUUAAAAAAUCCUAAUCAAAAUCAAGCGGAUGUCAUGUUUAUAAUUCAAGGUAAAAGGUUAUACGUAAAAAGUUCAAUUCUUAUAUUAAAAUCGGAUCAUUUUAAAUUGAUGUUUAAUGGUAAUUGGAAAGAAACAAAAGAUCAAGAAGAAGAAGAUAAAGAAUCAAAUAUUAAAUAUGUGAUUGAAAUUACAGAUUUUAAUUAUGAUACUGUACUUUCAAUGAUAUUAUUUUUUUAUACUGAAGAACUUGUUAUUAAUGAGAAAGAAAGUUUUAUUAAAUAUUUUAAUAAUUUAUGGAAUUUAUUUAGAUUAUCUGAUAAAUAUCUUUUAGAUGAUUUGAAAAGAGUAGUAAAAUAUCAUAUCUUUGAUAGAUUAAAUAUAAACAAUGCAGCAGAAAUGUUAUUUAAAUAUGCUUGGAAAAUAUUCAAUAUGUUAGAAAUUCAAAAGGUUAUAAAGAUAUAUUAGCAAAUUAUUCGGAUAAUCCGAAUUUUCUUAAGUUAAAUACGGAAAUUUUUUUAAGAUUAUAUCCUGAAGAAUCAUUUGAUUUUAUUAAUUAAUUAAGAUUUUAAAAAUUAAGGACUAGGUUUAAUAAUUAAGAACUAGCUUUUAUAUUAUGUUUUAAUUAGGUUUUAUAUUAUAAUAAUAUUCU